UCAUUACACGAGGAUAGGAUAGGAUAGGAUAUCAAGAUAUAGGAAAACAGUAAUAUGCCGACUAACAUUGAGAUUAAAGCAAGAGUAAAGAAUCUAGAACUUCUCCUUGAAAAGGCAAGGUCUAUCAGUGGAUCACAGGGAACGAGGUUAGAACAAGAAGAUGUGUUCUUUAAUUCUCCCAAUGGAAGGCUCAAGUUGAGAAUAGAGAAUGAGGGUGCUUCUGGUAAAUUGAUAUAUUACACAAGAAAUGACAUAUCUGGCCCCAAGCAAAGUGAUUACACGUAUACCAUUGUUCAGAAUCCAAAGGACCUCAAAGAAACACUUAGACUUGCAUUAGGUGUCAGAGGGAUUGUUAAAAAAGUCCGUCAGUUGUUUAUGGUAGGGCAAACAAGAGUACACGUUGACUCGGUUGAAGGACUUGGAAACUUUAUGGAACUGGAAGUUUGUAUGAGGAAAGGUCAGGAGAUGUCAGAGGGAACAGCAAUAGCUGAAGAACUGAUGAAGGACUUGGGAAUAAGUGACUCUGAUUUAGUGGUUUGUGCUUAUAUGGAUCUACUGGAUGCAAAGAAUAAUAAAAACUAAAAUAGAAGCAGCCAUUACUUAAUCUAUAUCAUUAUACACUGUAUAGAAGGUCUGUGUAGCAUUCAUCAAGGUACUUAUUAUUAAUUUUAUUUGA